GAACGUUUGCCACGCGGAAGAAAAUCCUACGUCGACAUAUCGAAAUUUGCCGGCGGAAGUGCUUGCAUGUGUGCAAGAAAAUAAACCUAGCUACAAUGAACCCGCUUACCAAGGUGAAGCUGAUUAAUGAACUAAAUGAAAGAGAAGCUCAUCUCGGCAUUAAAGACUCGGUGUCUUGGCAUAGCGAGUACAAGAACAGUGCCUGGAUUUUUAUUGGUGGAUUUCCAUAUGAGCUCACAGAGGGAGACAUCAUCUGUGUUUUCUCUCAGUAUGGAGAGAUUGUCAACAUUAACUUAGUACGAGAUAAAAAGACAGGCAAGUCAAAAGGCUUUUGCUUCCUUUGCUAUGAAGAUCAAAGAAGCACCAUACUGGCAGUGGAUAACUUUAAUGGUAUAAAGAUUAAAGGGCGGACCAUACGGGUGGACCAUGUCGCAAAUUAUCGCCCUCCCAAGGAUUCAGAAGACAUUGAUGAUGUCACCAAGCGGUUGCGGGAGGAUGGCUGUGCCCCCAAACUGCCUGCUGCUUCAUCAUCUGUGUCAGAGUCUGAGGAAGAGUAUCUUUUACCUAUGAAGAAACAAAAAAAGGAUAAGAAAGAAAAGAAGAAAAAGAAGAAGGAGAAAAAAGAAAAAAAGAAGUCAUUAAAGGAAGAGAGAGGUGAGACACAAGCUGAGUCUCCUUCAGCUCCUCCUUGGAAGGUGAAGAAACAGAGGGAGGACUCUGGGCAUGAGAGGUACACCCUGAAGGGGCCGCAAGAAUCCAGAGGGGAGCGACCUGGACAAGAGGCGAGAAACCCACGGGAGCGACUAGAGGAAGCAGAACGAUCCAGAGAGCAACAAGGCAGUGGCAGGAGAGGGGAGAGAGACAGAGGGGAUGACAGGAGGGUGGACAAGAGCCGAGAGGAGGGCAGAGGAAAAGAAGAUGGCCGUCUGCACGAGAACAGAGAAAGGGAAAGGGAGCGAGACAGGGGCAGAGAGGGCGACAGGGAACGAGAGAGGGAGCGAGACAGGGAACAAGAGCGAGAGCAUGACAGGGAACGAGAGAGGGAGCGAGACAGGGAACGAGAAAGGGACAAGGACCGGCAAAGGGAGAGACACAGUGGUAGGGAGACUGAAAGAGAACGAGACAGGGAUGUGGACAGAGAGAGGAGAGACAGGGAAAGAGGGAGAGAUUGGGAAAGAGACAGAGAUCUGGACAGAGGGAGUGCUAAACACAGAGACCACAGCGUAGACAGGCAGUAUAGAUGGAAUUGAAUUAUGCAGAGCAACUCCACCAGACACUUGUGCAUGCAUUUGGUCCAGAAGAUGCUCCUGUUAUCCAACACAUGUUAAUUCUUCAAUAUAGUUAAAUUGGUUUUGCUGGGGGGUUUUUUGUUUGUUUUUUUUUGCAAUACAUUUUUAUGUUUGUGGUAAUUCUUGCAAAUAAAUGUUUCAAUUUGCUACACAUGUAUAUUUGACAUAAAUAUUUUAUUUUACUUUAAAUUGAUACGAAGAACAAAAUAGAUUUAUGGGUAAUACAACAAAAUUUCAUUUUUCUCAAAAGCAUAAGUGGUACCAUCAGAAAAAAAGUUACAUAUAGCUUUAAUUCUGUAAUGAACUUUAACUCAUGGAAGGUAUUUUUAUUUUUAAAAAAGGUUAUACAAGACCCAACAGAUAAUGUGCACAUUACCAUCUUGUACCCGCUCAACAGGAAUUCAAUAGCAUUUCUGCAUUGCUAAUAUUACAAUCAAAUAAUCUCUAUAGCCACAUUAACAUAUUUAGCAACCCAAGAAGCAAAACUACACAAAUAUACUCUGAAUAAAUUAACAUUUCUCAAAUGAGAAAGGAAUGUUGGACUGCUGUUUCUCCUAACACUGAUCUUAACCAAUGCCAGCCAAAGUUGCAGAAUAUGAAAGAAAUGAAGGAGUUUGGUUAUUUGAUGACAUCUGGAAAGCUAAUAUCUACUUUGUUAAUGUCAUCUAGUCUAGCUCCAUAAACAUGGAAGGGCGUGAACUGUUAUCCCCACAGGUGAGGAAUGCAAGUGGAUUAACCUGACAUGAUUAAUCAUGUCAUCAUAGUCCUGAUGUUCUAUUUCUUGCCUGGUUUUUAUCAUAGUGCUUACAGAAUAUCCUCCUAAUAUACACAGUAAACAACUGCUGAGAUUUGUAUUUGGUUAAAUUAUUACCGCUGAGCUUAUGGUCACUAGAUGAAUGUGAGUGCUAAUCACAUAUGGACCCAGAGAUGUGGACAUUUUCAGAAAUCUACUUUCCCUGCUAUAGUUAUUGUAAUAGUUAACAGCAUUACUAAAAGUAGAAUUUAAUCACAGAUGUCACAAUAUUAGGUCUUUGGACUGAGAUUUGUGUAAUUCUGUAAAAUGUCUUUUCAAUUUCCCUUCAAUGUUUAUAAAAAUGAAGAUACAUCAUUUCAGAAUUUACAGAAAGAAGCAGAAGAAUUUGGUGAGGCAGACCUUUCCACAUACAUAAAUACUUGAACAAAUAUUUUUAACGAGUAGUGAAAACUUCACAUCCCAGAUUUUACAGUUGCACAAAUGACAACAAAGAAAGACUCACUCCUUUCCUGGGUAAGGUGAAGUUACUCCCUAUUUCUAUGUCAUAUGCAAACAGACACAUUACUUAUUCCCCUAAAAAGGUGAUAAUUUUCAGAAGUUAUUUUAAAGUCUGCAUGGAAAGCAUCAAACCAAUUUAGGACUUGCCAGUAGCUCUGUCAUGUAAAUAGAGUAUAUUUCUACUCUAUGGUUCUCACUAGUUUAUUAUCAGUGAUCUAGGCAUUUACUGUUGCUGCCGUGAUUGGGAGCUAAGACAUACCCCUCAACAGACUACCUGCUCCCAUCAUCAGAAUGCAUUUAUUCAGUGUCCUGUCCAUUUCUAUUAAGGGGUGUCUGGUCUGGAAUAUUGGGGGUUUGAAACAGAUGGCAGUAUUCUGACGACGUGUGUGCUGGGCUGCUAAAAACAUAUUUGGGACUUAAUCUAGAAAACAUGUUAAAGACCAGGCUGGAUUUGGAUAUGGAAAUUAUAUUAUAUUAAAAAUUAUAUUAAAUAACCUAUUACUAA